AUGGAGACUGUCGUCGUUUUUCUAACAGAUGGUGCAAAGCGGGGCGAAAUCCUGCGCUACGCACAGUCAUCAAAGAUGGACGGCGAUAAGAGGCUCAAGCUGAUCAAACUGUGCCAAACACGGUUUGUCGAAAGGCAUCUCGCUGUGGAGCGUUUCUUGGAACAGCUCAGCGCUAUCCACCUGGCACUGGAGCAGAUCGCCACGUGGCAAGAUCGGCGCUCCAGUUCGAAGGCCACGGCGCUUCUGAGUGCCAUCUCGAGGACCGAAUUCCUGGUAGGUCUGGUCGUAGUUGAACGGUUGGCCGGCAUCCUUCGGCCAUUGGCUCUGGCACUUCAGGAUAAGCAGCUGGACCUCACUAAAGCCCUACAGUUGGUAGAUGCGGUGAAGUCCGUGCUGACGGAGCAGAGAGCCUCCAGUGAAAAGGAAUUCGCUGUGUUGAUGCGGACGGUGGAAUGCGCUGCAGAGAAGCUGAGUGUAGAGGUGAGGAAGCCGCGUCUGCCAGAAAAGUCCGUCUACCGGGGAAAUGCAGGCAGGGAUCUCUCCACAGAAGCCUACUACCAGAUCACGGUCUUCAAUCCUGCCGUGGAUCUCGUCCUGCAAGACAUCAACCUGCGCUUCGGCAAGCACACGCAGCUGACCGCGAGCCUCAGCAAACUCCUGCCAAAGAAAACAGUUUCUACGGAGUGGUCUGACGUGGAGCCAGCCUACGAGCAGUUUAAAGGUCUCCUAGGAUCAGUAACUGACUCGCAGGUGAAAGCCGAGUUCAGCGUGUGGAAAGCCAUGUGGCGUGAUAAACCCAAGGAAGAAGUUCCGACGACUGCUAUCAGUUCCCUCAACGCGUGCCCGGCUGAAAUCUUUCCAAACGUACAUAUGCUUCUAAAGGUACUCAGCGUGCUACCAGUAACAACCGCAGAAGCCGAGCGCGUGUUUUCCAAGGUAGCUAGGACACUGACAGCGCUCAAAACGACCAUGACCGAGGGUCGGCUCGAGGCGCUCGUUCUGCUUCAGGUACAUCGGGACCACAUGCCGGCGACCAGCGAGGUCAUCAACCGCUUCGCUGCGUCUGCCUGUCGCCGUCGGGAGUUCCGAUUGCGCCUGUAG